CCUGGGAGCAGAGUAACGGAAGUGCUUGGAUGGUACCCUGGGUGGGAGUCCUAAGGGGCGCCAGCAGCGGAAGGUUCAGAAGCCAUGGCCCCGAAGGAAAAAGCAAAAGCAAAAGCUCCGCCGAAGGAAAAAGAGAUAAUAAUUUGAAAACAGCACCCAUAGAUCCUCGCUUAGAUCCACUGAUGAAGCUAAGGAGUACAAUGGCAACUACAUUCAAAAGUCCUAAGCUCAACUACGACAAUGCCAUAAAGGUAGCAGCACAAGUGAAGACACUGCCAGACCAGUUAGCUGCUGAGCAACAGGCCUACAAGAAGCGCAAAUUAAAGUACCAAAACCUCUUCAAGAAAAGUGCAAGGUCUGCUGAUGGCUGGGUUGUUUUUGGGAGAAGUCUCUACUACAUUUCAAAAGGAAAAAAGACCUGGUACGAUGCUGAGAACUUCUGCAUGUCCAGAGAUGCCCACUUGGCUUCCAUCCUAAGUGAUGAUGAACAGAGCUACGUCACUUCCCAGCUCAGCCACCCUGCCUGGAUUGGCCUUACAGAUGAAACCCAAGAAGGCAAAUGGGAAUGGACAGAUGGCUCCCGACUUUUCACACAGUAUUGGUCUGAUGGUAAGCCCACCCGCUCAGAACGCCACGGAGAAUUGGAGCACGACUGCACCUCCAUUGUGCCUUCAUCUAAUGGGUAUAAUUGGAAAGAUGCCUACUGCCAUGAACUUCACAGAUGGGUUUGUAAAGAGAACUUAGACAUCGAAGGACCAUAAAGUUGGCAAAACCCAACAUCUGCAGCAACACCUGAGUG